CGCUCGUCAGAAGGUCAUCGCUACCAGAGAGGAAGAGGGGAACGAAAGGGUCUACUUUCGUCAAAAUUUGUCCAAGCGGUAAUAAGCAGACCGCCUGCAUUUCCGAUUUUGGGACAACGACUCAAAUUGUCGGGGCGGAAACAAAACCAUAUUAUUAUACAUGGUCGCUAACGGAAAAUUACGGCACGUGGGGGCGGGUUACCGAACAUUUUUUUUGUGUAACACUGAUGGUACAUAAGCAGGUAGUAUGAUAACUUGCAGGUCAAUGUUGUGGUGGGUUACCGGGAGUUUAGGGCAUAUUAGUCUGCAUGUUAAUUAGGAGUAGAUCAGGGCAUUUUUAUCUUGUUAUAUGUCAGGCAGUUAUUGAAUGAGAUAGCGCACGUCAUAGACUUUAAGCUACUUGCAAUACAAUUGUGUUUCAUAAGGAAUUUAGUUGUCGGGAUUGUCUUUGACUUAGACAUAUCUUAGUCGUGUGUCUUAUCAAUUUCUUGGUCUAUGCUUUGUCAUAAUAUGCAGAAUAACGGUUAUGAAAUAAAGGUUUUCGUAACAUUUAGCGUAUGUGUAAAUUGAAGUGAUAUUAUCUGUUUAGUAAUAGUAGCAUAAUAGCCCAUAUCGUAAUUGAAAUUGUUUGGUGGGAGUUAAAGACUACUAGCCUACAAGUUAAAAUGGGAGUGGGGUCCGAAAAUGCAGCAUCCACCACCAAACUAUCCAUUCGUCAUGGGGUAUACAAAGAGGAGACGAAUAUCGCUCUGAAAGCACCCUUAAACGUAGAGAGUAUGUUACCAAAGAAAGUGGGGCACGUGACUGCAGAAAGAGCCAUCUGGGGUCGCCGCAUUGAGUUUGUCCUUGCAUCGGUGGGGUACGCGGUUGGACUUGGGAACGUGUGGCGGUUUCCAUACCUCUGCUACAGGAGCGGUGGAGGUGCCUUCCUCAUUCCUUACUUUCUCAUGCUGUUUCUGUGUGGAAUCCCCCUGCUCUUCAUGGAGUUUGCCAUUGGACAGUAUACCCGACUGGGACCAGUGCACGCUCUAGCCAAAAUCUGCCCCUUGUUCAAAGGUGUGGGCAUUGCCACAGUCGUGAUCUCCUUUGUGCUCUGCACCUACUACAACGUUCUCAUGUGCUGGGCGCUCUACUACUUCUUCAACUCAUUCCGAGCCACCUUCCCCUGGCAGUCCUGCAACAACACCUGGAAUGCUGUCGGUAACUGCUCCAUCGGUUUCCCUGGCAACACCACCCACUUGCAUUCGGCCAGUCAGCAAUACUUUGAUCACAGACUUCUGGAGAUAACCAAUGGUAUUGAGGAGGCAGGAGGACUACGCUGGGAGCUGUUUGGACUCCUUAUCCUGGCCUGGGUCAUUGUCUACUUGUGCAUCUUCAAAGGUGUCAAAUCCACUGGCAAGGUUGUUUAUUUCACCGCCACGUUCCCAUACUUCAUGCUGUUUGUCUUGCUCAUCAAUAAUGUCCAGCUUCCUGGAGCCAAGAAUGGGAUGCUUUACUUCCUGAAGCCUAAGUGGAGCAAGCUGCUUGAUGUUCAGGUGUGGGUUAACGCUGCAGCCCAGGUAUUCAACUCCAUUGGAAUAGGAUUUGGUACCAUGAUCUCCAUGGCCAGUUACAACAAGAUCAACAAUAACAUCCUCAGGGACACAUUGAUUGUCUCCUUAGCUAACUCGGCUACCAGUAUCCUGGCUGGUUUUGUGAUAUUCUCAGCCAUUGGCUACAUGGCUCAUGUCCACAACCUCCCAGUAGACAACAUCGCCACAGAUGGUCCUGGGUUGGUGUUUGUGGUGUAUCCAGAGGUCUUCUCCACUAUGCCUCUGCCCCAGUUGUGGGCUCCUCUGUUCUUCUUCAUGCUUCUCUGCCUGGGACUGGACAGUCAGUUUGCUAUGGUGGAGGUGGCGGUGACGUCCAUAAUGGACGGCUGUGGCCCCAAGGUGCUGCGUGUCCUGAAGAGACAGGAGAUCAUCGUUCUGACUGUCUGUGUUAUUGGCUUUCUUCUAGGCAUUCCUCACAUCACUAAGGGGGGAAUGUAUGUAUUCCAGCUGAUGGACCACUACACUGCUGUGGUGUCUCUCAUGUUCCUGGCCUUCUUUGAGGUCCUCGCUGUCUGCUGGAUUUUUGGACUGCGGCGGAUGACCAUCGUGAUCAAGAGGAUGUUGGGAAAGGCUCCCAACAUCUAUUUCUGCUCCUGCUGGAUGUUCUUCUCCCCUGUGCUGGUCAUGUGCAUUCUGAUCUCCAGCAUCGUCCAGUACACACCCGCUCGCUAUGGGAAGUCAUACACAUACCCUGUCUGGGCAGAGGUGGUGGGCUGGGGAAUCUCCCUGGUCUCCAUCAUUUGGAUCCCCCUGGGAGCCUUGCAUGAGAUCUGCAGAAAUAAGGGCACACUGAUGCAGAGGAUAAAAACAGCCAUGACUCCUACAAUAGAGUUGGACCCCGUCAACCAUCUACCAGAGAAGGAGAUAGUGGACAUCCCGGAGUCUGUUGUCUUUAUCACACAUCUGUGAACAGGGACAAAAGCACUGUGUCUAGGUUCGUGAGUCACAGUGACUGUGUGAGUCCUCUAUUAGGAUGGGGAGGUUGUUGGGUAGUUUAUGUAAAUAACUUUUCAAGUAUUUAUUCUAUGAAUCACUGAUACCAUGACACCUAACCUAUAGUGAAAUAGACAAGGUAAAACCAUAGAUUAUGAACCUCAAAGAUGUCCUUCAAGUGCCAACUCAUGUCCUUGCCCCGAAGCACUUUUUUGCCUUACAGGUACUGGAUACCCAAGUGCUUACACACACUUUUUUUUAUAAUACAAACAUUACAGGGUAGCCUACUCUGACACUUACAAACAUGUUAAUACAAACGAUGAUGUCUGAUUCAUGUAAUUGGCCAACAAAAAGGGGAGAUAUCAAUACAAUAUGACGUCCCAUCUAACCUGGAGGAGGAAAUGACUGUCCAAAAACAAAAGUGGCGCAGACCCAAUGACAAAGACAGUGAAUAUACACACUCACCUGGGAUAUGUCAAUACAAAAACAAUAUAAAAUCAUUCAAAAUAGGCUACACCAGGAAGCAAGAUUCGGCCACAGAGGAUCAAUAGCUUCUUACUUCGCAAUUGCAUUUUUUAAAUAUUGCGAUAUGCCUGGCUGGGUCUCUGCUUUUUCACUGACAGUUGCAACUCAACAAUAAUCUAAUCUAUUUGGUAUUUGCAGCGCUCGCUGCCCAAAUUUCUGGCCCUUCCGACUGUAGGCUAUGCAAUUUAAAACAAGCAGAGACCCAAACCAGGCAUUUUGCAAUACUUAAAAAAUACAACCGCAGAAAAACCUUUGGAAAGCAAAUUGCUAUAAAGACAUGACAAUGAAGAGACUCUAACCGGUCUUUUAGUUAUCAAAAUGCUUAAGCGAACAGUAGCCCAUCUUAUUGGAAGCAGCGGAGAACAUUGGCCAUAUCCCAGGUGAGUAAGAAGCUAUUGAUCCUCUGUGGCCAAAUCAUGCUUUGUGGUGUAGCCUAUUUUGAAUGAUUUUAUAUUUUUUUGUAUUGACAAGGAUCAAGCUAAUUAGGCUAUAUCAUUUUGGCAAUUUAAUUAAAUGUACUUUAGGGAUAGCUUAGCUUCCCAUAGCCUUUUGUACACGCCGCCUAUGCCUUUUAUUGUGGCAUAAACACAACGUUUUCAUCUAAUUGUCAAACAAUGACUUAACAAUGGCGCUCUAGUAGACUACACACGCACGCACAUUCGUCCAAUCCAAACCCCAUCAGUGCAACCGCAAUUUGAUGAAUGGAAAGAGACAUCUGUUAUAAAACAUCUAUGUGUAUUGUAAUGACAUUCUGUGAUUGUCAUUAGGCCUACACUUGUAGCCUGAAUUGAUGCAUCCACUGUUGUCCACGCGCGCCUCAGUGUCCGCCACUCAUCUCCGCCUUUGCAAAGUGGAGGCUAAGUGUUCUCCUCAAACCACAAUGCAAUUUGGCGCAUAUACCACCCAGUUUCAAGUCAAAUCGCAAAUUGUUCAUGCUGCUGACAUGCAGUAAUGUUAAAUAAUGGUGUAAUAGGCUCGCGUUUUACUAGUACGGCGUACCCCCUAUAUUUAAUUUGCCAGGACGCGGUACCGCCUUACUUUCACCCCUGAUUAUGAUAUGGUAAAACAUCAUAUUCAUCAUGCCACAAGACCAUGAACUCCGGAGGACAACUCGUCCCUCUGGUAAUCUCUUCAAUCAGCUAUUCUCUACGCUGGACCUAACACAUUGUGUCUCCCAACAUAAAUUGACGAACAAUUUUCACCAAAUGUAAAAGCCAAUGUAGUCAAUACACACACAAACGAUAGCCUCCGAUAGCGGCGUAUUUCAUAUCAUCCGAAAAAAAUGACACACUGAUCAACUCAGCUCAGCCUUAGACCGAUGAAGCAUCCACAGUUACAACCAAUAGGUUGCUGCUCAAUGCAACAAAUGAUGGCUAGGCAAAUCAGCGAGAAAACAAACCUUUUAUAUUUCACCAGAUCGAUUACAUGGACUAAGGUCCACAUUGAAUCAACAUCGUCACCUUGUGGCCAAGGUUUUUACUCACAGUGAGGUCAGAUGAGACUCAGGUGAAUAUUGAUCAACAAAGUAAAAAUCUAUCGUUCUGCCCCUGAACAAGGCAGUUAACCCACUGUUCCCCGGUAGGCCAUCAUUUUAAAUAAGAAUUUGUUCUUAAAACUGACUUGCCUAGUUAAAUAAAGGUAAAAAAAUAUAUAUGCAAUUAGAUGUAUAGAGGUUAACUGUGAGGAAGGAAACCACUGCAGUGCUGCUAUGACAUCCGUUAGUGGGGAGAGUCCAAUGUUCUGACAUCAUUCAUCAGCAGUUUUUACACUUGAAUGGACUUUGAAGUUUUGGGCUUCUGGUUGGAGUUUUCUAUUUUACUUGCUCUGCCAAAGUGUGUGCCUCAGUUGUGUGUCUUUGUGUUUGUUACAACAAUGACAAUUGGAUCUCAGCUUUACAAGGAGUGCCUUUUAUCAUUAAAAGAUCCAAUGACAUUGGAAUUGUCAUGGACUAUCGGACUGAAAGGCUCAAAUAAAUAAAUAUGAUUAGACAUGAUUUAGAUGGUAAAAUGUAUGAAAUAAAUACAAUGGGGUCUUUUCAGGGGUCACAUAAAUAUGUGACUAAGUGAAGAUACAUUUGCCACCUGCCACAAGUGCCAUGUAUCAAAAAUAUUGAUUUUGGAUUGUCAAUACUUUGAUGAAAAAUACCCAAAAUAUAUCAUAGAGAUUAUCACCAACCCAUCUUAAGGAUCAUUAAAACAUUCACACAAUUAUAAUUUAGUGUUAACUCUCUUUUGAUAUAAAACAAGAUCAAAUUCCCAUUUAGUUAGCUGUUUAGAUGCAUUUUGUGUCUGUUUGUCAAACAGCAUCUAGUUUUGACUAAUUCAUUCAUUAUGACAAUCGUCUAUUUCUACCAUUGCACAAACCACAAUAAGUGGUUAAAAAUACAAUCAUGCCUGAUACACUUUUGUUAUUCUAUGCAAUUGUAUGGUUGUCACAAAAUACGGGGUUCCUGCUGCUGGUUGUUUUUUAUUCAUUAUUCUCAUACAUUCAAACCAAAUAUUUUAUACAUGUUAUUUAUUUUCAAAUGUUUUUUGUUGUAUCAAACAAAAUGGUUUAUGAAAUAACAAACACACUGGUACUAUUUCUCCAUGAAGUUCUCCAUGGUGGUACUACUUUAAUGGUAGAAAUGUUUAUGCUCAUAUUACACUUUUAAAAUAGCAACUUUCUCCUUUUUUAAAUUGAUUUAGCAUUUAAAAAUGUCUCUUUUAUUUACAUGUAUCUUGUUUAAAGUGUACUUUCAGUUUGACUUGUUUUUUAUAUCUGAAAUGUUGAAAAAUACAAUUUCAUUCAUAAUACCUGUUUAUCACGCAGAGCUAUUUGUGUCAAAUAAAGAACAUUAUUGGCAAAUA